UCCAGAUGUUUCUCCUCUCUUGCAGGGCAGCAAAAGCGUCAGCAAUUGCUGGACCCAAGCAUGGCCUUGGAAGAGGACACCGUAGAGAUUCCAGCCCUGGGCCGCCCUUUCCAGCUGGGGACUUUGUACGACUGUCGCAAGGAUGCCCUCAUUGCAGGCCUCACCCUUUGGGAUUGCAACUCUCUUCAGAAGGACCUGACCAUCAAGCCUCAGCCCAAGACAGCAACUGAAAUCAUUGCAUCUGACAGCAUAGAUGACAAGGCCUCCGCCCUGGAUGUCUCAGGACCCAUUAAGACCAGUUUCCUGGGGGGCCUGAUUGAUGUGAGAGGGUCAGCAGAGUAUCUUCACGACACCAAGAAGUCCAAGCAGCAGGCCAGAGUCACCGUUCAGUACAAAACCACCACCAAGUAUGAACAGCUGACAAUGAGCCACCUAGGAAGGCAGAAUGUCUCUUACCCAGAGGUCUUUGAGCAUGGCACAGCCACCCACGUGGUCACCGCCAUCCUCUAUGGAGCUCAGGCUUUCUUUGUCUUUGACCAAGAAGUUUCUUCAACGGAGACGGUGAAAGAUAUAGAAGGAAGUCUCCACGCUACCCUCAGGAAGGAAAUAUCUAUCGGAGGAGACGUAAAGGUCAGACUGACUGAGGAGGAGAAAGAGAAUGCUCUGAAGUUCAGAUGCAAGUUCCACGGAGACUUUUCUUUGCAGAAAAAUCCAGUGACCUUCCAAGAUGCCAUAAAAGUUUAUGAAACUCUCCCAAAAAUAUUAAGAGAAGAUGGGGGGCAGUG